AUGUUUGUCCUCAUAGUCAUGUGUAGAAUCGCCGAUCUCCUGAAUCCCCGAUAUCUCUCAAUCUUACCCAUGGCGAGAAGAUCCGGAUCGAUCCUCAGCCGCCUUCUGGCGAAUCCACCUCCUUCUCCAUUCACCGCCCCGACCCGAUCCAUCACCUACAUGCCUCGACCCGGCGACGGAGCCCCACGCACCGUAACCCUGAUCCCCGGCGACGGAAUCGGACCCUUAGUGACCGGAGCCGUCGAGCAGGUCAUGGAGGCGAUGCACGCGCCGGUGCAUUUCGAGCGAUACGAGGUUCGCGGCAACAUGAGGAAAGUCCCCGAGGAAGUAAUCGAAUCCGUCAAGAGGAACAAGGUCUGCCUCAAAGGUGGAUUAGCGACUCCCGUUGGUGGAGGAGUCAGCUCCUUGAAUAUGCAAUUGAGGAAAGAGCUCGACAUCUUCGCUUCCCUCGUCAAUUGCAUCAACGUCCCUGGAUUGGUGACGCGUCACGAGAACGUCGACAUCGUCGUCAUCAGAGAGAACACUGAAGGAGAGUACUCGGGACUCGAGCACGAGGUUGUUCCUGGUGUCGUCGAGAGCCUUAAGGUGAUAACGAAGUUUUGUUCAGAGAGGAUUGCGAGAUAUGCGUUUGAGUAUGCCUACUUGAACAAUAGGAAGAAAGUGACUGCUGUUCAUAAAGCCAACAUUAUGAAGCUUGCGGAUGGUUUGUUCUUGGAGUCUUGCAGAGAGGUUGCUAAAAACUAUCCUGCGAUUACGUACAACGAAAUCAUCGUUGACAAUUGCUGUAUGCAGCUUGUUGCUAAGCCUGAGCAAUUUGAUGUCAUGGUGACGCCUAAUUUGUAUGGUAACCUUGUAGCAAACACAGCAGCUGGAAUAGCCGGAGGCACUGGAGUGAUGCCAGGAGGCAAUGUAGGUGCGGAACAUGCGAUAUUCGAGCAAGGAGCAUCAGCAGGGAAUGUGGGGAAUGAUAAGAUGGUGGAGCAGAAGAAAGCUAAUCCGGUGGCUUUACUUCUCUCAUCGGCUAUGAUGCUUAGGCAUCUCAGGUUUCCGACUUUUGCUGAUCGGCUUGAGACCGCAGUGAAGCAAGUGAUACAAGAAGGCAAAUGGCGAACGAAGGAUCUUGGAGGAGACUGCACUACGCAGGAAGUUGUUGAUGCUAUUGAAAUGGCAUCGAAUAGCGACGCAAGGCCUCUACCGAAAUUCGGGGAUUGGGAUGUGAAUGAUCCGGCGACGGCUGAGGGAUUCACCGUUAUAUUUAGCAAAGCCGGAGAGGAUAAGAAAACGGGUCGGAGCACCAGCAAAACAACUUCGCAGAGGAAACAAGACGCUAAACCAGCGGUCAAGAAAUGGCUCUGUUUUACCUUUUCAUGA